AUGCCAUAUAUUGAUCUAGUCAGAUCUGUUGAUUCUGUUCCUCAUAAAGAUGAGCCAUCUUUUCAUGAAUUUGAAGUAUCUGUGUAUAAAUUCUUAUCGCAUGAUGGGAUCUUACUAGGGUAUAUAAUUCCCAAGGUGGCAAAACAAUUUGAGUUCGAAACACAGGCUGUGAUAGUAAAUAAUGAAAAACACGAAGUCAAGAUAAUUCCUAGUCUGGAUACCGAAAAUAAAAGAACGCAGAUGUUUGCAAAGAUAGCUCAGCGUUGGAGAGAUCAGCGUCUCUUUGAAACCCUUAGCGGUUGGAGAAAUGAGCUUUUUGCAGUUUACUGCGAUAACCAUAAGAUGUACAUGUUGGUGGAAAGGGCUUUUUCUAAUAUUUUGGGAGUUGUUACUUAUGGAGUUCAUAUCAAUGGAUAUUUGCAAAAUUCUGCCGAUCCUAACAGUAUUCAACUUUGGAUACCUAGGAGAAGCAGACACAAACCAACAUUUCCCGGUAUGUUAGAUAAUACUGUGGCAGGAGGCUUGGAAUAUCCUAAUGGCACUUUGCAAACUUGCCUGAAAGAAUGUUACGAGGAGGCAGGGUUGAAUGAGGACUAUGUUUCGCAAUAUAUCAGUCCAGUGGGAGCCAUCUCAUAUAUGUUCAGAAACAAACCACCCGAAGAUUUUAUUCAACCAGAAGUGGAAUACAUAUACGACCUGCCGAUGAAACAAGGUCUAAUUCCUAAUCCGAUAGACCACGAAAGUGAAGAUUUCAGGCUAAUGAACAUCACUGAAGUAAUCUCUUCGUUGCUGCAAGAAAAAUUCAAGCCUAAUUGUGCACUGGCAAUCAUCGAUUUUUUGAUAAGAUUUGGGAUAAUCUCUUCUUCCAAUUGUGAUAGUUAUUUAGAAAUUGUCACCAGAUUGCACAGAAAGUUAGAAUUUCCUUUGCGUUGA